AAGAGGCAGGCCGAAUCAGGAGGAGAUGCUUUUGUGGGUCUCUGCAACGUUGACUUGACACACUUCAGAAACCACGUUUCUGUGAGUCAGACCUGACUCCACGGUAUCACCGUGCAUCAUCGAGCCCAGUCUGAAGAAGCUGAAAGGGUCUCUUUCACACUUAAUAAAAGCAAAACAAAGCGUCUGGCUUUGUUUGACCAAAAGAAGCAAUGUCAGCGUUGAAGAAACGGAGUUCAAAUGCCUCCGCGGACCGGGAUGAAGAGCAGGUGACGGAGAAGAUGCUCUCCAGCAGAGGAGGGAAUGGCAAGAUGAGCCGACCAGGAGACGGCACGCCUGAAAGCCCGAGCGCAGAUAUCAGCGCUGCGGAGGGAGAAGGGACAGUCGAGCUUAAAAGAACUAUAACUCUCGUCAACGGCGUGGCCAUUAUUGUAGGCACCAUUAUUGGCUCUGGUAUCUUCGUGACUCCAACCGGAGUGGUGAAGGAAGCCGGUUCAGUCGGGUUGUCUCUGGUCGUGUGGUCCGUCUGCGGCGUCUUCUCCACUAUAGGCGCGUUGUGCUAUGCCGAACUGGGGACCACCAUCACCAAAUCAGGGGGUGACUACGCCUACAUCCUUGAAGUUUACGGCUCUCUACCUGCGUUUCUGAAACUCUGGAUCGAGCUUCUCAUCAUAAGGCCGUCGUCGCAGUAUAUUGUCGCCUAUGUUUUCGCCACAUACCUCCUGAAGCCCAUCUUUCCCUUCUGCCCUGUCCCUGAGGUAGGGGCAAAGCUGGUCGCCUGCCUAUGUAUCCUGUUGUUGACUGCUAUCAAUUGCUACAGUGUGAAGGCCGCCACAAGGGUCCAAGAUGCCUUUGCCGCUGCUAAGCUACUUGCCCUGGCCCUCAUCAUCAUUAUUGGCUUUGUGGAGAUUGGCAAAGGUGGUACUACUGACCUUCUGCCGGAAAAUUCAUUCAAAGGAAGCAAAACAGACUUUGGCAACAUCGGAUUGGCUCUUUACAGUGGCCUGUUUGCUUAUGGAGGAUGGAAUUAUUUAAAUUUUGUCACAGAGGAGAUGAUCGAUCCAUACAGAAAUCUGCCUCUGGCUAUCAUCAUCUCACUUCCCAUUGUGACCGUUGUCUAUGUGCUGACCAACCUGGCCUACUUCACCACGCUUAGUCCGGAGCAAAUGCUCUCAUCUGAAGCUGUUGCUGUAGACUUUGGAAACUACCACCUAGGGCCAAUGGCUUGGAUAAUCCCUGUGUUUGUGGGUCUGUCCUGCUUUGGCUCUGUGAAUGGCUCUUUGUUUACUUCAUCUAGGCUGUUCUUUGUGGGCUCCAGAGAAGGUCAUCUUCCCAGUUUGUUGUCGAUGAUCCACCCUGAGCUGAUGACCCCUCUGCCUUCACUUAUAUUUACUUGUAUCAUGACUCUCCUCUACGCUUUCUCCAAUGACAUAUUCUCCGUCAUCAACUUCUUCAGCUUCUUUAACUGGCUCUGCAUUGCCAUGGCGAUCAUUGGAAUGAUGUGGUUGCGCUACAAAAAACCUGAUUUGGAACGACCAAUUAAGGUCAAUAUUCUGCUGCCCAUUUCCUUCGUACUGGCCUGCCUGUUCCUCAUCGUGGUGUCCAUUUGGAAAACCCCUGUGGAAUGUGCUAUAGGAUUCGGAAUCAUUGCCACAGGAGUUCCCGUCUACUUCUUCGGCGUUUGGUGGCGGACCAAGCCAAAAUGGCUCUUGCAGAUCCUCUUCUCCACCACGGCGACAUUCCAGAAACUGAUGGAAGUGGUUCCUCAGGAGUCCUGAAGAGCAAACGGAGCGACAGAUGCCUCAUAUCCACCUCAGACUCCCUCACUGUAUUCCUCGACUGCCUCGCCUCUCCUCGUGUGAGCCAGAAAAACGUCGUAUCCUGCUGCCACAGGCAACAUCUAUAAUAAUCACCACGGACGAAACCAGAAUGUUACAGGAGCGUUUCAGUUGAUAUGUAGGUUUUCUCAGUCCUUUCUCAAUCAAAUGUAUUGAUGUAUACAUUUCAGUCUUUAUGUUCAAGUUACAAGUUUUUAAUCAGGAUUUUAUAUAUAUAUUUUUCAACCAUUGGCGAAAAGCGUCAUAUAACCACGGUGAGUGGUUUGCUUUAUUUUAGGGUCUUGUAUGCGUGCAGUAGUACGAUCAUGGUCUUGUAUGCGUGCAGUAGUACGAUCAUGGUAUUGUAUGCGUGCAGUAGUAUGAUCAUAAGCUUCCUGUAUCGCGUAUCGCCAGCUUUCGUUUCAGCUUGUCGUUACGCGAGGAAAAGUGCGUACCGAAAAUGCUUGUGGGGAGGCGCUGUUGUCUCUCAUUAACCAGAAACAUGAUUCCCACCUGACUGACAAAUUUGCUCCUCGGAUUACAAUAUGUUUUAUAGAGCCCGACCGAUAAAGGAUUUUGAAGGCCGAUACCGAUACAAAUAUUUUUGGGUUUUAAAAUCCGAUAUUCCGA